GACAUGCUAAUUAUAGAACAAGAGGAAAAAGGAAAGUGGCUCAUCAGUGCUCCCAUUUUAUGUUCAUGUGACAAUCCAGUCACCUGUUGUAUUUCUUCACCACAGACAAAUUUUGAAGGCUGUAAAAUUUGAGUAAUUUUCAUUUAAAACUGCUAGGUUUUCCAGGUGAAUAACAAUGAUGAUUGUAUUGGAUAUGUGUGCCUAAUUAAUAGAAAUAGGAAUUUGCGUGCUGAUCCUUUUUCUGCUAUUGUAAAGGCAAAAGAAGCUUUCCUGCUUUGUAGUAGUCAACUGUAGAGUUUACUAUUGGACAGAGUUAGCAGUAAGUGAGAGAAUGCAGGUCAAUGUCUGCAACAUGUGCUUACACCCAAAUAUAGAAUCCUGAGGAAAACAGGGUGGAGGGGUGAUGAGCACAUGCCCAGAAAACCCCUCCAGUCUCUGUUGAAGUCCAGUGAGGUGGACAUAUGCUGUCAGAUAUCUGAUAGUCAGCAGCUGUUUUUAGGACUAUUUAGAGUCUGUUUGAAAGCAGCUUGUAGCUUUUAGAGGACACAAAAUCUGAUGUUUUAAUCUAUAUUUUACUGGAUAAACAAACUAUUUACAGAAGCUGCUAUGGAUUCUAGACUCUUCAAGCAGAUUCAGUGUUCUGUGUGUUUGGGGGAAUUUACAGACCCGGUGAGUCUGCUGUGUGACCACACGUUCUGCAGGCAGUGUAUCAGUAACCACUCGCAGACCAGUAGCCGCUUACGGCUGUGUCCUGAAUGCCGUCGACCGUAUACCAUGUGGGACCUACGAUCCAACCGGGUCCUCAGAAAUAUGGUAGAUGCUGUGAAGGAGCACCUCACAGAACAACAAUCCAUGAGGGACAGGGACUUGGCCGUUGCUGGAGCCAACGGUCCGAGAGCAGGAUUGUUCGUGGAACCAGAGAAGCUGGUGUGCCCCGACCACGAUGAAAGGCUCAAACUGUUCUGUGAGACAGAUCAAAAAUUGGUGUGUCUAAUUUGUAGAGAUGGAGAUAAACACCAAGGGCACAAGUUCAAACCAGUAGAUGAAGCAGCAGAGCCCAAAAAGGAGAUGCUAAAAGAACCUCUAGGUUUCAUAUCAAAAGAUAACAAAGAGCUGGAAGAGCUGAUUAAGAGGCAGACCAACGAAAUCACAAAAACUGAGGAUCGGUCCAAGCAGAUUUCAGCCCAAAUCUCAGCUCAAUUCCAAGAGAUGCACCAGUUCCUUAAUGAGAAGGAGCAGGAGGUGAAAGCACUGCUUGAGAAACAAGAGAAGGUUAUGGUGGAGAAGAUGCAGAAGAACAGAAAUGACAUAGAGGAAAAACUAAAUGCUGGAAAAGAGCAUGAAGACAUCAUAAAGUCAGUCAUUGAAACGGAUCGGCCUGAUGGAUUUCUGCAGUGGUGGACCGAACAUGGCCAGUGUUUUGUUGAAGGGAUGAGGCAAGCUGAUGACAGUUGGUCUAAAAGAAGUGAAAAUGGUUCUCAGUCAUCAGAGUCAAGGGUGAAGGGCCUCAGUGUGACAUCUGAAUCCCUAUUUCUUGGCCCCUAUGAAACUCAUCUGAGUUUCUUUGUGUGGAAGAAGAUGCUCGGCUCCAUUAAACCAGUUCCUGAUCGUAAUGUGAUAUCUGACUGCCAUGACCCAUAUUUGAGGGUUUCCUCUGAUGGCCGCAGUGUGACUCGGACAGACAAAAAAGGCAUUUUUAAUCGCCAUAAACACUACAGACCACUGGCCAGAACCCACAAGUCCUUUCAGUCUGGACAGCAUUACUGGGAGGUGGAUGUGGGAGAAAAGAUUGACUGGAGUGUAGGUGUCGAUGGUGGAUUUAUAAGCAACCUAAAUAAGAACAUCAGGCUUCAGCUAAAACAUAACCAAGGCUACUCUAUUAAGGAGAAUAGUACAGAGAGUGAUAAGGAGCUGGCAGUGAAGCCACGGAGAAUAGGGAUAUACUUGGACUGUGACAGGCAUCAGGUUAGCUUCUAUAAUGCUGAUGAUAUGACUCUCCUCCAUACAUCUACUAAUUUAUCUUUUACUCCUUAUUUUCUGAGUCUGUCUCCAGGAGCAUACCUACAAGGCAUUAAUGCUGACCCAUUGACAGUGUGCUGGAACUGAUCGACCUCAGUUAAAACAAUGCAAAAAACUUGUAGAAUUAACUUCUAUAAUGAUGAGCAAAAUUAGCAUUUUUUCUGACAAGUAAUAUGAUACCAUUUAUAUUCAAUCUACCGAUUUCCACCAUUACCUUACAGUAUGCAAGAUAGCCAUCAUGGAGCCAUCCAAUGUGCAAAUAUUCCUGGAUGUCAGUAAAGUGCAGCAUUUUUAGGUGGGGCAUAAAAAUUACAUUCUGAUAUUAGUGUACAUUUUGUGGUUGACAAACCUCAUUCUUCUAAGCUUGUUAUUAAAUCAUUAUUUUUUUUUUACACUUUCUAUUCUUUGUUCUGUAAUGAUUAAAUAUUAAAAAUUGCGCAUCAUG